CUUAGCGCCAAAUCAACCAAAGCAAAAAUGGCUGCGGUGUACAAGGUUGCAUGCCGCUUGGGCAGCGGUAACGUUAAAUGCAUAGUUCCAAGACAACGUUUCUAUACGCAUAGGAAACUCUACAGCAGUGAUUCCAGCGUCCCGCCGGCCGGACAAGGUGAGACAGAACCCCAACAGCCUUCUGCCGAGAAGCCAAAGAGUGGGUUUGCUGUUGCAUACGAGCUUCACACGGAUCUCCAGCAGAAGCAGGAAAGCACUUCCUCUAGCCGUGUCGGCUCAACGAGGGACGAGACGUCCUUCGCCUCGUUGUUACGACACUCUCCGCUGGUCCAGAUGGGUCCGGCGAAAGACAAAAUUGUAGUGGGUAAAAUCUUUCAUAUAGUCCAGGACGACCUCUACGUCGACUUCGGUGGCAAGUUCCACUGCGUUUGCAAGCGACCGUCGGCUGACGGUGACAAGUACCAGCGGGGAACCAGGGUAAGAAUUCGCAUGGAGGACCUGGAGAUGACAUCCCGAUUCUUGGGGGCAAAUACAGACACAACUCUGCUGGAGGCCGAGGGUUUUCUUCUGGGACUUGUAGAUACCAAGGCGAAAGCCUAGACUAAGUGGAUUCCUUCCUAAAGACUCAUGGCUGGACUCCGCAUUCCCUCUGGCAAUGCAAUGCAAUUCAUCAGUGAGCUCUGAAAUUGUUAUAUUUGUAAAUUCUUCGCCAUUAUAUUAAACUCACGUCUAUCAUAA